UGCUUUCCAAAAGUUAAAAAAAAUCGAUUUUUGAUUUAUUCCUCAUAUCAAUUUCGUUUAUCAUCAUAUCAAAUUUUCAAAAACGAAAUGAAUCCCAUAUUCCAGCUUGGUGACGUGGAAAAUUCACACCAAAAUGUUGCUGAAAGAGCAGAAGCUGGAAAAAUGAUCGCUCACAAAUCUCCUGUAAAAACCAAAAAAUUGCGGAAAAAACGAGAAAAAUCGGAUAACCUUGUGGCGUCAUCUGAUGAAGAAGUGGAAAAAUCGAUAAAUUCUGGAAAAUGGAUUAGAUUGAAAGUCAAAAAGCAAUCGACUGGGGGAGAAAAACACUUAGCGGCUAUUUCCAAGAAUGAAGCAACUUUCGAGGUUUCUGAAGACGCAAAUUUCAAAAAAAUCAACGAGGACAUUCAAAAUCUCAAAUCCGAGUUCGGAAUCCAUCCAAGAUGGGAUGAGGAGCUGCUCCACGCGAUGCCAAGCACCAUUCAAUUCGAGGAGUGUUUGAUAAUUGCUAGACGGGUCAAAGCUCUGUCGAAGAAACUUGGAAAUGAGCCAGGUAUCUUUGUCAGGCACAUCCCGGAGCAUCUUAGAGUUCUUCUGGAAACUGACGAUGAGUCACCUGACGAGGAGGAGCUCGACGAGCAGGAGAUUCAAAUGGUUUUUGAUGACUUGGAACGCCGGCAGAGUGGCAUUUUCUACGAAAACGAUGAGGAUGAAGAAGCCCAGCUCCCGUUGCUCCAAGCUCCGCCCCUUGUGAGCUUCUCCGACAUUCCCACUGCUCCCAGUCCAAAGGCCAAAGUUGGAUCACGUUGUUACAAGGAGGGUCCCUUAUUCGACGCAGAACAAGCACCGAACUUCAAAUACUCGGAAAUUGAAACUGAUUGCUCUGUCUACUCGAUCUCUUCGGAGACUUUAUUGGCCAAUGUUGGAGAGGUGUACAAGAUCCGCGAAGAUGACCCCCGUCAUCGUGUCAAACGUCGUUGGCCCAUUGUUGAGAAGACCGCCACAGGGAGGCCAUUCAAUUUGAGCAAACAUUUUGCGAAUGAGUUCGAGAGCGAGGAGGACGGAAGCUGUUUCACUGAUACCACGUUUUCUCUCAACGAAGGCAAUAAAUUCAUGAAAAAUCUCGCCACCUGGAACCUAGAUGAUCCUGAAAUUGUGACCGGAUUCCCCAGUCAGAUCCUUGUUCCAUCACUGCCGACUCUUCCAGGACCACAAGCUGCAAAGAAACAUUUCCAGAGAAUUCAAAAUUCUGGUUAUUGGAGAAGUUAUGUUCUGAAAGAAAAAUCAGAUUAUGGUGCAUCGGAAACUUCUCUGGAAGAGCCACGAUUUGUAGCCGGAAAGGAUACAAAAAAGAGCAAGGAGAAGGAUCCUCCUUCUGCUCCACCUCGUCCACCCAAAAACCUUGCCCUUGAAGCUCGACCGGCUCGCUGGGUGCCAAUUCCAGCCAAACGUCCACGUGGAGAGACAAAAAUUGACGACUUGGGUCGAAUCUGGGAUGUUCCACCGGCUGACGAAGCCAAUAAACUCAAAGAUCUGCCACGUCAAGAGGAGGCGAAUCUCAUGUGGGUACCAUUUCGUGACGUCAAGCCACCGUAUCUUCACGACGGGUCGGAUGAUUUAAGAAGCAUCAACUCACAGAGUUUGUCGAGUCAGUCGGAUGUGACAGAUUGGAUGGACGAGACGAGAAGUGACGUCACGAUGUCUGAAUCCGAAUGGAAAGGCGACCAAGAACUCGCAGAGCCUGUGGGAUUCCUGAACCGACAUGAAGUUUGGAAGAAGAACCAGUACAAGUGGGCUCUGAAGAAUCGACUCAAUUUGGCAGGAUAUCGAGAUGAGGAUCAAUUUGAUCGAAUGGCAAGACGAGAGCAUCAGAAACAUGAGGACCAGACUGAUAAAUCCGAAGAAGCGGAAAAGAAAAUGAAGAUCAAGGCCGACUUGGCUGCAAAGGAGAUAUGGGAUAAAAACAUGGAGCACAACGUGGAUGAAAUACUUAUGAAACGUGUCAAUCGUGUCGAGAUGUGCCGUAUUCAAAUGGCAUUGCAGAAUCUGGAUCAGAAGUUGGUGGAUCAGGAGAAGGAAUCCAGAAAACCAUUGGACAACGCUAGAAAGUACGUUGAGGAGUCAUACUGCAACCACCCAUCCGAAGAGAUGGCCAUCACUCAAAUCGCGUUCGAGUCCGUCGACAAAAUCGACAACUACAUUCAAUCGUGCUGUCAGGACCGCUGGGAGCACCUUUAUCGUUGCUCCUCGCCACGCUACACACACGACUGGGCCCGAGUCCGAAUGAGCUCGGAUCAGCCGGACGACUGUGACUUUUAUGACGCGUGUCACGUGUUUCCGUGGCAAGAGGUGUUUGAGAAGGUGGCACACAAGUACAAGAACAAGUUGAUUUGCGCCUCGUCGCCGAUGUACAAUGUGACGGUUGGAAUCUUGUGGCAUUGGUUGUUCGAGAAUGAUGUCAAGUACGUGGUGAUGCUUAAUCAGUUCCUUGAAAAAGGACUUCAAGCUUCGGAAGUGUGGUUCCCACUGGUCAAAGGAGAAAAAGCGAGAUUCCGCCGAAAUGCAUACAGAGAGUACAUCGUCGAGUGCACCGACGUCAAAAAGAAGUACAAGGCGGCAGGGAUUCAGAGACUUGUCAAGGUCACCUUAGUCCACAAUCACCAGGUAAUCGAGACAAAACAGAUGAAGAUCCUGCAUAUGCUCGAAUGGGAUCAAGAUUGUCUCCCCGAAAAUUGGCAGCCGUACGUUAGAAUUUGCGAGAGAAUGAAUCGAGAAUCUCUGCAUCAUCCGGUGGUGGUGAUGAGCAAGCACGGCAGUGGACGAGCGAUGACACUGAUUCUGUCACUGAUGGCUGCGGUGAUGGCUCGUCUGGAUGAUGAUCUUAGCAUCCAUUCCAUGUGUCAGUCGGGAAGAGCUUCAAAGCGUCAAUCGAUCACUUGCUGCAAUCAGGUCUACUUUUGGAGGAUGGUUCAUUAUGAGUUAUUGUUCAGAUGGUUCAAGCCCCUCCGCGAGCUACGUGUCCGUAUGCCUGAACGUCUCGAAGCCUACCAAGACGUUGUUAUUGCUCAGCAGAAAGACUACCUACAACUCGAAGCCCGUCACUGGGCCACGUACUUUGAAUAUGAGAUGGAGCGGUUCAUCCGAAUGGAGUAUAUGGUGGAACAUGUUCAGAAGCAGCGGGAUGGUGAUCGACACGAGAUGCGGGAGCUUCGAAAAACCGACAGGCUUCAUCAAGCGAUGACUGCAAGUGAGGAGAGGGAUGAGAGAAGUCCGUACUUUGACGGAAAGCCCAUUCGUCGCAAGCCGUUGCGUCUAGGUGAUAAGCCAAGGGAUCCGAAACGUCCAAAAAGACAAUACGUGAAGCGCGAGGACUUUUUGCCUGAACAUGAGCUUUACUCGGCGCUUGAAAUGGAGCCAAUGAUCAGUGGAUAUCAAAUUAGUGGAGCGUAUCGUUGGGUGAAGCCGAGUGAGAUGAAGAAAGUGUUCACGGAGAAGAUUGAGAUUCCCCAGAACUGGAAGUGUUGGUAUACGAAGGAGGAACAGAAGGGUAUGCUGGCUAAGGAGACGACAUACUAGGAUUUUGAUGACUUAUUGUAUUGAUUUUUUUUUCUGGAUUUGAAUAAAGAGAGCUUUGAAAUA